AUGAGUGCAAUAAUAUCCAACAAGAUGAGGAAUUCUUUGAACCUCCAAGAGCAUAGAUUGUUGCUAAAGUGCAAUGGAAUGUCUGGAUUCCAUGCAGAGAGAGAGUAUCCAAAUGAGUUGAAUGGUCUCAUUCAUCCACUGGACUAUAAAUAUAUAUUGUACAAGUUUAAUGCACAGGUACAUGGAUUCAAGGCCAACUUAAUCCGCACAAUCAUUACCAAUAUGAUUACAGUAAUAAUCAGUACUGUCCUCCUCAUCCUAUCAUCACUACAUAUAUCAUCACAAUGGCUCAAUCUCGAGAUCACUGCCAGUAUCGGUACCUUUGGCCUCCUACUCUCACUCUAUGGUAUCCAUGCACUUAACAAAGGAAUAAUGAAGAAUUUGGAAGCGGAUACACUUGAACUCUCUAGUCGUUAUAGGGAAUUGGGUAUUCAGUUCGUGUUGGUGGACAAGCCAAAGUCUGAUUCGGAGAAUGGUUUGACCAAACUCAUCUGUACAGCAUCCAACUACAACAUCGAGGUCAUGAUCAGAUCUGGAUCAUCGAAUAGCGUCAAUGACGAUAUUUCAAUUUCGAUCAAUGCUACUGCCACCUCUCCAUUGAUCAACAUCUAA